AAAAAAAGAAAAUUAUGUUAUAACUGAUGACUAGAAGUAUCUAAAAAAAAAUAAUUUGAGAAAUAUGAAAAUUCCCUAUUUCGUCAGUAGAAUCCAAACAUGCAAUCAGCAUGUAGGAUACGUGUGAAUCAGCCUUAAAUUAAAUUCGCUCCUCCGGCAAACUAACCUAACCAAAAAAUGUCAUUAAAAGAUUUGUUUGUUUACUUUUGUGUUGUUUAUGAUUUUGUUAUCAUUCCUUAAUUUAUAAAAUACUUUAUAUAUAUUUAAUAGGUAGUCCAAUAAAUAUUUUCACAAUGAACCAUUUUUACCAAGCAGUAGAAUCCAAAGGCAAACCCUGCUUCAAAAUAAGCUCGUUAUUCCAAACUGAUAUUCUUGCAAUCAUGAUAUUCCAAAACGAAACUGCAUGGGAAGCCCUGGUUACUGAAGAAGAAUUAAAAUCACAGUCCAGGAAACACACUACGGUUUUUCAAGAUUACUGCACCGAUUUAAGGGAAUAUUUGCACAUGAACGACAGCGAUAAAGCCCAACUAAACUUUAAAGAUGGGAUGUUCACAAUCAGCUUGGGUCUUAAAAAUAAGAUGAAAAUGCAGUUUUUUCAAACAAGAUUAUAUCAAGUGAAUUUUCAUGAUAGCGUAUUUAGUUUAGUGGAUCAACUUUACAAUAAGAAUUUUGAGCAUUUGACUGAACUAAAUAGUCUAAGGAGCCAGUUUGAAAAUCUUAAAAAUGAUCACCAAAUACUUGAGGAGAAAAUGAAUGAAUUCCUAAAUAGGAGAAAAGCGGAAGAGCUAAACACUUACAACAACUUUAUAGCAAUAUUAAAUGAGAAAAAAAGGGAAAUACAACAUUUGAAUGAGCUUUUAAUAGCAUUUAGACAAGGAAGGCCUACAGUUAACAAACCAUUCGAAUCAAAGAAGAAACAGAAUACCAAAAAGCCGAUUAUUGAAGAAGUUCCUGACAGUCAAUCAUCAUCAGAUAAUGAGUCUGUUAUCAGCAAAAGUGAUUCUGAAAAUGAACUCCCGAAUUACAAUACAGACGAAGAAAAGUAUUCUAAUAACAAUAAAACAAUAGCAGUAAAACGUAGUCAAUCGCCUGUACCGAGUACAUCCAAAUGUGUAUCACCAGAUUCAUCUAGUCGACCAUUUCAAUUUCCUACCAAAAGAAUUCGGACUGAAGUUAAUAACUAUAAACCACAUUUUAGUAUACCUAAAGAAGAUGAAUUAAAAGUGGAAAAGAACGAAGAAGAGGCUUCGUGUAGUAAUUCGAAUAAUGUAAAUAGUAAAAAAGUUGCCACAGUUGAGUUAGAUACCCAAGAAUUACUUGAUAAUAUAAAUUAAAUUAUUUGUGUUGAUUGUUUUUCACUGGUUCGUGAUUUCUCUGUGAUGGGAAGAGGUCUUUUGUUGUUUGACCAAGAAAAAAAUUGUAUUAACUGAACUAGAGAGAUUUUUGUUUGGACUGUCUGAGGUGGGAUUCUGUAACAGAUAGAGAUCCUUCUCAUCACAAUAGCACUUGCUAUUUCCUUCUCUCAUUUCGAAAUCAAUAGCGAGGGAACGUCAAUAGAGAUAGCAUCUCUAUUUGUUACAGAAUCUCAGCCCUGUACUACUAUAUUUUUCGAGAAAAUUGCUUGAGUUGAGGUAGCUUAUACAAGAGAGUUCCAGUUCUUAACAGCUAAACCAAAUUGAGAUGCAGCUUCUCUCGCCAACUCAUAAUCUUGAUAAGUUUCUGGGCUGGAGGUCACACUACAGUAAAACAUAAAUGAAAAGCAAUUUUUCCAAUUCAAUUUUAUUAUAACAUAAAUAAAUAAUAUUGUCUAAAAUCUUAGAGCAUUAUAUGGACCAGAGAUUAACAAAAAAAAAACAAUCUACUUUUGAGUUGUACUAGCAACUUCUUCCAUAAAAUUAGCCAGCUUUAAGUCGCGUUUACUUAACCCGUUGAUAUCGUGAGAACUUAAAGUUACGUUAACUUUAUUGUAUACGUUGAACCAUUCUGGAUGAUGGUCCAUUUUAUCUGCAAGCAAGGCAGUGCGGGUCAUGAAACCGAAAGCCUGAUUGAAGUCUUUAAACAAAAAUUCUUUGUUGAUGGCAUCUCGGUUGUUUUGUACUGUCCAGCCUUUGCCUAGGAGGGCAUUCAGUUGAGUGUUUCUUUCUUCAGGAGUUAGUUUAUCAGC